CACCAAUCUCAAUUUUUCCUGAAAAACAAAAUAAAAUGGAAAUUAAAAGAUUUUUUAAUUUAUUAAUCAAUUCUGAUAUGUACAAUCGGAUUAACAAAAACGCAGGCACAGUACAUGAAAAAUGAUCCAAACUACCUCAGUUGCAAAAACAAAGAAUGCAAGAAAUACCAAGAUGGGAAAUGCGUUAUAUCAACGUGCAGUGGUUCAAUACAAUUUCAUGUCAUCAAUAUUAGAAGUGACAUUGAGUUCGUGUUCUUCUCUGGUGGAUUCCUGAAACCCUGCCUUGUAGGAAGGUCCACGCCUUUGAGUUUUGCUAAUCCCAAGAGGCCACUCUAUGGCCAUCUAUCAAGUAUAGAUUCAACUGGAGCAUCAAUGAGAUUGACAUGGGUUAGUGGAGACAAGGAGCCUCAGCAAAUCCAAUAUGCAAAUGGAAAAUCAGUUACUUCAACAGUCACUACAUUCUCACAAGCUGAUAUGUGUAGUUCAGCGCUGCCCAGUCCUGCUAAGGAUUUCGGAUGGCAUGAUCCGGGAUACAUCCAUUCAGCACUUAUGACAGGACUAAAGCCUUCAAGCCCAUUUUCCUACAAAUAUGGAAGUGACUCGGUUGGUUGGAGUGAAGACAUUCAGUUUUCAACUCCACCAGCUGGAGGAUCGGAUGAGGUCAGAUUCAUUGCAUUUGGUGAUAUGGGCAAAACUCCUCUCGAUGCUUCCAAAGAACACUACAUUCAGCCCGGAGCUCUUUCAGUGAUUAAAGCUAUAGCCGAAGAUGUAAAUUCCAAAAAGGUAAAUUCAGUGUUUCACAUCGGAGACAUAAGCUAUGCGACAGGUUUUCUAGCAGAAUGGGAUUUCUUCCUUCACCUUAUCAACCCAGUAGCUUCCAGGCUUUCUUAUAUGACAGCAAUAGGGAAUCAUGAGAGGGAUUACGUAGAUUCUGGUUCAGUAUAUAUUACUCCUGACUCUGGUGGGGAAUGUGGAGUACCGUAUGAAACAUAUUUCCCAAUGCCAACUUCAGCAAAAGAUAAGCCUUGGUACUCUAUAGAACAAGGAAGUGUUCAUUUCACAGUAAUAUCAACUGAGCAUGAUUGGUCAGAAAAUUCUGAGCAGUAUGCGUGGAUGCAAAAGGACAUGGCAUCGGUUAAUCGACAGAAAACUCCUUGGCUAAUCUUCAUGGGACAUAGACCGAUGUACACUUCUCACCAGGGAUUGUUAUCCUCUGAAAACAAAUUUAAUGAAGCUGUGGAACCAUUGCUAUUUCAAAAUAAGGUUGACUUGGCUCUUUUCGGCCAUGUACAUAAUUAUGAGAGAACUUGUUCCGUGUUUCAACAAAAAUGUAAAGCCAUGCCUACAAAAGAUAAAAAUGGAAUGGAUACAUAUGAUGGCCGAAAUUACAGUGCUCCAGUGCAAGUUGUCAUUGGCAUGGCUGGCUUCACCUUGGACAACUUUUCAAGCAAUGUUGAGAGCUGGAGCCUGAAAAGGAUUUCCGAAUUUGGUUAUCUAAGAGCACAUGCUACAAGAAAGGACUUAAGCCUAGAGUUUGUCGUCUCAAAUACAAAAGAAGUUAUGGACAGUUUCCACAUUACAAAGUGAUAGCUCAUUCAAGAAACAGAGCAUACGUAAGUGAAGGCUAUAUUAUAGAUAGAGACCAUACAGAUAGAAACAACAUCAUAUGUUUGUGAAAGACAAAGAAGAUAUGGACGUAGGAGCAAUUUUUCACUCUUUAUAAUGUAUAGAACUGUAAUUUUACACAAAUUAUAUACAAGAUAGGGUGUAAUAGUAAGUUCCAACAGUCAUUGUAAGCAUUACGUACUAUCAAAUCAUGUAGUAAAAUGGGUAUCAUAUGAUCAUAGUUCAUAAUGAAAAGCGCAAGCAUGCAUGUUCAAACUC